CGCUAGGUUUCAUUACCGUCUUUGUGAACUUUCAAUUCAAACCUUCGGCCAACUGCGAAACGAGAAAAAGGAACUUGACAACAAAACAUUUUCGUACCAAUUUCGUGCCCUAGAUUUUCGCUCUUUGGCCAUUUACUCCUAAAAUUCCUUGGGUUCCAACAAUGAUCCGAUUCAUUUUGUUGCAAAACAGGCAAGGCAAGACUCGUCUAGCCAAAUACUAUGUUCCCCUCGAGGAUUCCGAGAAGCACAAGGUCGAAUACGAGGUUCAUCGGCUGGUGGUUAACAGAGAUCCAAAGUUCACUAAUUUCGUUGAGUUCCGUACGCACAAGGUAAUAUACAGGCGGUAUGCUGGUUUGUUUUUCUCAUUGUGUGUUGAUAUAACGGAUAAUGAGUUGGCAUAUUUGGAGUGCAUCCAUUUAUUUGUGGAGAUAUUGGACCAUUUUUUCAGCAAUGUUUGUGAGCUCGACUUGGUUUUUAAUUUUCACAAGGUUUAUCUGAUUCUUGAUGAAUUCAUUCUUGCUGGAGAGCUUCAAGAAACAAGCAAAAAGGCUAUCAUAGAGAGAAUGGGGGAGCUGGAGAAGCUAGAGUAAAGAUGAUUCUGCAUGAAAGAGUCGUGUUGAUUUUUCUCAAUUCUUGCUUCUUUUUUUUGGGGGGUGUUAUUAUAAGUCAUUCAUCUGUUUUGCACAGCCAAUUCUUUACUUGUAUUGUCAGAAAACUUAAAUACCUAGUGUCCCGGCACUCCUCUUUUCCCCUUCAACUGUUUGUGCAAUGUUUCAACAAGGCAUGUAAAAGAAACCCGUGUUAUUAAUGGGGUAGCUUCUCUUGUUGUCCAUUUGGUAUUUUAUAUAUAUGAGUAGGUUUCUUGACCU